UCUUUUUCAUUCUCCGAGCUCAGCAGUCGACAUGCCUUUUUUCUUUUCUUUUUUGGAGUUUUUCAUUCAUAUUAGUAUUCAUACAGAAUGAAGAAGAAAGAAAAGGUGUUACUUAUGGGUAAAAGUGGGUCAGGAAAGACCUCGAUGCGUUCUAUUAUCUUUAGCAACUAUAUUGCUCGAGACACCAGAAGACUUGGCGCUACCAUCGAUGUAGAACAUUCGAAUGUUAAGUUUCUUGGUAAUCUCGUAUUAAACUUAUGGGAUUGUGGAGGUCAAGAAGCCUUUAUGGAAAACUAUUUUGCUUCUCAACGAGAUAGAAUAUUCAAGAAUGUCGAAGUUCUUAUUUAUGUGUUUGAUGUAGAAAGUAGAGAUUGGGAAAAAGACCUUCAUUAUUAUCAGUCUUGUUUAGAAGCCAUCCUUGCUAAUUCCAAAGAGGCUCGUAUCUUUUGUUUGAUUCACAAAAUGGAUUUAGUACCUGAACAUCAACGAGAUCAGAUUUUCGAACAAAGAGUGACUGAAUUACAAAAACGAUCUGAGCCAUUGACCAUUCAAGCCUUUCGAACAAGUAUUUGGGAUGAAACGUUAUACGCCGCUUGGUCUAAAAUUGUGCAUUGUCUGAUUCCUAAUAUUCGAGUGUUGGAAUCGCAUUUAGAUCACUUUUGUCGUAUUUGUGAUGCAGACGAAGUUGUUUUGUUUGAAAGAACGACUUUUUUGGUGAUUGCCACUGCUGCCACCAUACCACAUCAAGACCAUCAUCGAUUUGAAAAGAUCAGUAAUAUUAUCAAGCAAUUCAAUUUAGGAUGCAGUCGUUCACAAACAAGAUUUAAAAGUAUGGAGAUAAGAGGCAGUAGUUUUACUGCUUUUAUUGAUGUCUUGACAAACAAUACAUAUGCUAUGAUUGUUAUGUCAGAUCCAACUAUUCAAUCAGCAGCUACUUUGCUUAAUAUUGCCUCUGCUAAAAAGCAUUUUGAGAAACUUGAAGCUUCAAGAUAAACAUACAAAUAAACAGUCUCUUUAUAUAUAUGUAAACAUUGAUAGUUCAACUAAGGA